AUGAUGCAUCCUCAAGUCUUCAUUUCAGGCCUCAUACUGCUUCUCCCAGGUGCUGUGAGUUCUUCUGUAUCAGUGAAAGGGGUGGUGGGUCACCCUGUCACACUGCCAUGUACUUACUCAAUAUCCCGAGGAAUCACUACCACUUGUUGGGGCCGUGGGGCAUGUCCAACUUUUAAUUGUGGAAACACACUUAUCUGGACCAAUGGAUACCAUGUCACCUAUCAGAGGAGCAGCCGAUACCAGCUGAAGGGGCAUAUUUCGGGAGGAAACGUGUCCUUGACAAUAGAGAAUGCUCUUCAGAGUGACAGUGGUCUGUAUUGCUGUCGAGUGGAGAUCCCUGGAUGGUUCAAUGAUCACACAGUGACCUUUACGUUGGAAGUUAAACCAGCAAUUCCCACAAGUCCUCCAACAAGACCCACAACUACACAGAGACCCACAACUACACGGAGACCCAUGACUAUUUCAACAAGACCCACUCAUGUACUAACAUCACCCAGACUCUCCACCUCUACUCCUCCAACACCAGCACAAGUGCAGCCUCUCACAGCAGAACCCACUACGAUUUAUCCACAUCUGACAACAGCUGAGGUGACAGAAACCACAUCCUAUCCUCUUGCAGAUUGGAAUUACACUGUGACAUCAUCAGAGGACUUUUGCAAUAAUUACACUGAAUCGGUCCUCUCCCAGGAGCAGCAGAAGAACGCGACUAAUGGCUUCUAUGUGGGCAUCUCCAUAGCUGUUCUGCUGCUGCUGCUGCUUGUGUGCACCCUGGCUGUCACCAGGUACAUCCUAAUGAAAAAGAAGUCAGGGUCUCUCAGCUUGGUAGCAUUCCGUGUCUCUAAGAUGGGAGCUUUUCAAAACACAGCAGAUUCAAAGUCCAGAGCUGAAGACAAUGUCUACAUUAUUGAAGACAGUCUUUACCAUACAGAAUGA